AUGCCUUCACGUAAACGAUCAUUACAAAGAAAACGACGUGGACGAAAACGUCCAUCUCGACCUCGAUCUCCAACUCCACCACCAACUCCACCACCAACACCAUCAUUAUUUUAUCGAAAUCGUCUUUUUUUUACUCCUCAAUGGCUGAACAAUGAUCUUCUGCCUCAAAGCAUUGUUGAUGACGAAUCUUCAGAAGAAAUAUUCGACGAUGAUGAUGAUGACGAUUAUGAUGAUGACGAUGAUGAUGACGAUGAUGAUGAUGAUGAUGAUGAUGAUGAUAAUAAUAAUAUAGAUAAUCUUAAUCAACAAUCCCAUUUAACAACACCUGCUUCUAAUCCCGAAGAUUCACUCAUCGAUAUCGUCUUCUUAAAAAAACUAAUAUCGGGCGGCAUAGUGAGUGCCUUUUGUGGUUGUGUGAUAGGUCAUCUUUGCCUAGUCAUAACAGGAAAAAAUUAA